AUGAGCUCAGCAGAUUCCUCCAGUAGAAACAAAAAGGAUCAUUCUAGAAAACGGGCUGUUGACGAUGACGAGGUAGACCCGACGCAGCUCGAAGUUCCAAAAAACAAGAGACAUAGAAAAGAGAAACCAUGGGAUACAGAUGACAUAGAUCAUUGGAAGAUAGACCCAUUCCCUCCACCCCCCGUUACAUCUCAUACACCUUUCGCAGAAGAAUCUUCAUUCUCUUUACUCUUUCCUAAAUAUCGCGAACCUAAACUACGGACAUGGUGGGGAGAAAUCACCUCCAAGCUCAAGACCGUCGAACUGGAUUGCGAAUUAGAUCUUGUUCAAGGUAAAAUGACAGUGAAAACUACACGUAAAACAUGGGAUCCUUAUGUCGUUUUGAAAGGAAGAGAUAUGUUAAAGUUGUUGGCUAGAGGUGUUGAUCCUCCUCAGGUAUAUAAGAUCUUACAAGAUGACAUAGCAUGUGACGUUAUACCAAUUGGUGGUUUGGUUAGAAAUAAAGAACGUUUUGUUAAACGUCGGGCUCGUAUACUCGGUCCAAACGGAUCUACUCUCAAAGCAAUCGAAUUACUCACCGAAUGUUACGUCCUAGUUCAAGGCAACACAGUCUCCGCUAUGGGUUCCUACAAAGGUUUGAAAGAAGUAAGACGUAUAAUAGUUGAUUGUAUGAACAACAUACAUCCGAUUUAUCGAAUUAAAGAACUCAUGAUACGACGAGAAUUAGCAAAAGAUCCAAAAUUGGUUAAUGAAAAUUGGGAUCGUUUCUUACCUAAAUUCCAAAAACGACAUUUGAAAACUUCAGAAAAAACAGCUCGUAAAAAUGCCAAACUCUCUCAUCCCCAAUUGAACAACACGAAUCCAAAUGCUAUCGUCAUACAGAAUGAUGAAUCGUCUCAAUCAUCUCAACUGAAAACAACGGAGAAACCAAAGAAGAAAAUAUAUACACCUUUCCCUCCACCUCAACAACCAUCAAAGUUAGAUCUUCAAAUGGCUUCUGGAGAAUAUUUCUUGAAACCGAAAGAACGCGAAGCAUUAGAGAAGAAACGUCGAUUGGAGAAACAAGCAGAGAAAGCGGAGAAGAAGAAGUCAGAGAGGGAAGAAGCUUUCAUAGCUCCUCCAGAAAAGAUGGGGGAGAAGGUAAAAGAACGGAAGAAGAAAAGACCGGUCGCAGAAGAUUUGAUGUAA